AUGGGAAACAGCUCAAGCUCUAAUACUAAUCUAAGCAACCCUAAAAACAGACUUCUAGAAGAACAUCAUCUCCACGACAAGCUCAACAAGCCACACAACACCACUUCCCGUGUCUCUUUCCUCCGAUCUCCUCUGCCAUGGCUUUUCAUGUUCCUCUUCUUCCUCCCUUUGAUUCUCAUCUCCACCACAGGAGGAGGCGGACGCAAGACUUGCAGCCCCACCUAUCCUCACCUAACCAUCAAAGACCAAACAAACUCUUCCUCUGUUGUCCUCAAAGACCCUGAGGAACAACAAGAAGAAGACGACGAUGUCCCUCCACGUGUACCUUCUCUUUACCACCCUCGCCGCCCAAGGAUGUUCAACACGACGCUUGAUCACGUCGUGUUCGGCAUCGCCGCGUCUUCGGUUCUGUGGGAGACGAGGAAAGAGUACAUCAAGUCGUGGUGGAGACCAGGUAAGACACGUGGCGUUGUCUGGAUCGACAAGAAAGUCCGUACUUACCGUAACGAACCACUUCCUCAGAUCAGAAUCUCUCAGGACACCUCACGUUUCCGGUACACGCAUCCGGUGGGAGACAGAUCAGCGGUGAGGAUAUCGAGGGUGGUUACGGAGACGCUGCGACUAGGGCUUAAAGGAGUACGGUGGUUUGUGAUGGGUGACGACGAUACGGUGUUUGUGGUGGACAAUGUGGUUAAUGUCCUCUCAAAGUACGACCACACUCAGUUCUACUACGUUGGUAGCUCAUCGGAGGCUCACGUUCAGAACAUCUUCUUCUCGUACUCUAUGGCAUUUGGUGGCGGUGGUUUUGCUAUUAGCUACGCUUUAGCUGUUGAGCUCUCGAAAAUGCAGGACCGUUGCAUCCAACGGUACCCUGGUCUUUACGGCAGUGAUGAUCGCAUCCAAGCUUGUAUGACUGAGCUCGGUGUACCACUAACCAAAGAGCCUGGCUUCCACCAGUAUGAUGUUUAUGGUGACCUGUUGGGGCUAUUAGGAGCCCAUCCAGUAGCUCCUUUGGUGACACUUCACCACAUCGACGUAGUGCAACCUAUAUUCCCUAAGAUGAAACGCUCACGUGCCCUCCGACACCUCAUGUCAUCGGCAGAACUCGACUCAGCCAGCAUAUUCCAGCAGUCAAUCUGCUACGACCAGAGCCGGUUCUGGUCCAUCUCUGUGUCAUGGGGCUUCUCCGUCCAGAUAAUCCGAGGCAUCAUCUCCCCUCGCGAGCUUGAGAUGCCUUCGAGAACGUUCCUAAACUGGUUCAGAAGGGCUGACUACAUUGGCUACGCGUUCAACACGAGACCCGUGUCGAGGCAUCCGUGCCAGAGACCGUUUGUGUUUUACGUGAACUCGGCUAAGUACGACGAAGGACGUCGCCAAGUGAUUGGAUACUAUAACUUGGACAAGACGAGACGGUUUCCUGGAUGCAGAUGGAGGCUGGAUUCGCCUGGAAAGAUCGAUUCCGUCGUCGUUUUGAAGCGGCCUGAUCCACUCCGAUGGCACAAGUCACCUAGGAGAGAUUGUUGCAGAGUAUUGCCGAGUCGGAGAAACACAACGAUGUAUAUUUGGGUCGGAAACUGCGCAGACGGAGAGAUCAGUGAGCUCGAACAUCCUAAGCAGUAACACUCCGCAUUGACAACAUUAUGUAUUUCUUCAAAAUGAUGUUGCAGGUUUCUUGAAAACAU